AUGGUUCAUAUUGAGAAGAAUUGUAGGGUCAAGCAGAACCAAUCACAACAAAACCAUAUGCAGCAGGAAAAUUUUACUGAAGAGUCAGAAAAGAAAGAAGAAAUCUUGUUUAUGGCUUCUCAGGAAGAAAACACAACCAAUAAAUCCACAUGGUUCAUAGAUAGUGGAUGUACGAGUCAUAUGUCACACAAUGAGCUUCUGUUUCACACAGUUGACAAGUCAAUUAGGACUAAAGUCAGGAUGGGAGACGCUGAAACGGUAGAAGCACAUGGGAAGGGUUCAGUUGCCUUUCAGACAAUACAAGGUACAAAAUUUAUACAUGAUGUGUUGUAUGUUCCUUGUUUAGCAUGUAAUCUAUUAAGUGUUUCUCAAAUGAUGUCGAAAGGGUAUUCCUUAUUUUUUAAGGGCAAGCAUUGUUUGGUGUUUGACUCUGAAGAUAGUUUGGUUGCUAAAGUAAGAAUGGUGAAUAAAAUCUUUCCUUUAGACGGGAAUCUUGAUAGUGCCAAUUUUGCUAGUUUGGAUGAGUCAUGGUUGUGGCACAAAAGAUACUGGCAUUUUAACUAUGCUACUUUAAAGUCUAUAUAUGAAGGGCUUGACUAA